AAAGAGUCUCUACAAGGAUGUGAUGCAGGAGACAUACAGGAACCUCACUGCUAUUGGCUACAGUUGGGAAGACCAUAAUUUUGAAGAACAUAGUCAAAGUGCUAGAAAACAUGGAAGAACACAAGCUGGAGAGAAACCCUGUGAAUAUAAUCAGUGCGGUAAAGACUUGUCAUAUGUCAAAAGUUUCCAAGUUCACAAAAGAACACAUACUGGAGAGAAACCCUAUGAAUGUAAUGAAUGUGGUAAAUACUUUUCAUAUGUCAGAAGUCUCCAAGUUCACCAAAGAACACAUACUGGAGAGAAACCCUAUGAAUGUAAUGAAUGUGGUAAAGCCUUUACACUGAGCAAUAGUCUUCGAGUACAUCAAAGGACGCAUACUGGAGAGAAACCUUAUCAAUGUAAUCAAUGUGAUAAAGCUUUUGCAAGUUAUGGUGAGCUUCACAGACAUAAAAGAACCCAUACUGGAGAGAAGCCUUUUAAAUGUAAGCAAUGUGAUAGAGCUUUUUCAGAGCGCUGUAACCUCCAAAUACAUGAAAGAACACAUACUGGAGAGAAACCCUAUGAAUGUAAUCAUUGUGUUAAAGCCUUUUCAUGUAUCAGUAAUCUCCAACUUCACAAAAGAACACAUACUGGAGAGAAACCCUAUAAAUGUAAUGAAUGUGGUAAAGCCUUUUCAAGUCAAUGCAGUCUCCAAACACAUAAAAGAACACAUACUGGAGAAAGACCCUACACAUGUAGUCAAUGUGGUAAAGCCUUUUCAGUGAGCAGUAGUCUUCGAGUACAUCAAAGGCUACAUACUGGAGAGAAACCUUAUCAAUGUAAUCAAUGUGAUAAAGCUUUUGUGAGUCAUGGUGAGCUUCACAGUCAUAAAAGAACACAUACUGGAGAGAAGCCCUUCGAAUGUGAUCAAUGUGAUAAAGCUUUUUCAUCGCAGUCUAAUCUCCAAAUGCACAAAAGAACACAUACUGGAGAGAAACCCUAUGAAUGUAAUCAAUGUGUUAAAGCCUUUUCAUCUAUCAGUAGUCUCCAACUUCACAUAAGAACACACACUGGAGAGAAACCAUAUGAAUGUAAUCAAUGUGGUAAAGCCUUUUCCCAACUCAGUACUCUAAAAUCACAUAAAAGACUUCAUACAGGAGAGAAACCUUAUAAAUGUGGUCAAUGUGAUAAAGCCUUUCCACAACUCAGUAGUCUAAUAGUACAUAAAAGAACACAUACUGGGGAGAAACCCUAUGAAUGUAAUCAGUGUGGUAAAGCCUUUUCACAACUCAGCAAUCUUAAUAAACAUAAAAGUGCACAUACUGCAGAAAAACUCUAG